AUGGCGCCCGCGGGGCGUCUGCAGGCGGCGGCCCAGGAGCCAGACGCGACAGACCUUCCCAAGAUGGCGGCGGCGGCGGCGGCGGCGGCGCAACUCAACAAAAAUCCAGUGGAAGGCUUUUCAGCAGGUUUAAUAGAUGACAAUGACCUUUACCGAUGGGAAGUCCUUAUCAUUGGUCCCCCUGACACACUUUAUGAAGGUGGUGUUUUUAAGGCUCAUCUCACUUUCCCAAAAGAUUACCCCCUCCGGCCUCCUAAAAUGAAAUUCAUUACAGAAAUCUGGCACCCAAAUGUUGAUAAAAAUGGUGAUGUAUGCAUCUCCAUUCUUCAUGAGCCCGGUGAGGACAAAUACGGGUACGAAAAGCCAGAGGAACGCUGGCUCCCUAUUCACACUGUGGAAACCAUCAUGAUUAGUGUCAUUUCUAUGCUGGCAGACCCGAACGGAGACUCCCCUGCUAACGUGGAUGCUGCGAAAGAAUGGAGGGAAGACAGAAAUGGAGAAUUCAAAAGGAAAGUUGCCCGCUGUGUAAGAAAAAGCCAAGAGACUGCUUUUGAGUGACAUUUAUUCAACAGCUGUGACUUCACUUACUUCAGGGGUCUCCAACUGAGAAACACGGCACUGUUUCCCUGCACUCUACCCACCUAUCGCUGGACUUCUGUCGUAACAAGUUGGCAGACACUGGCUGGAAGUGGGCUGCGAUAGAACAUGCCAGUAUCAGUGCUGACACAAGAGCCUAACAAGUGCCAACUUACAGAUGAUUACGCAUUUUGAAUUCUAAUGAACUGUUUUAACCUUCAGGAAGAAUUGUAAAGACCUGUACAUAGCACAACAUGAUCCGGAUAAUAUAUAUACUAUUCAUGUACAUCCACAGAUACACCUUGUACCAAAUAAUGCUUUCUUGUAGUAGAAUAAGAAUCGUGUAAAUUCUAAAAGAUUUUAGCAGGUUUUCUUUCCCUAUUCAUUGUUUCUUAUCAGUUUUAAAAGACUCCUUAAAGCAUGUCAGAUGAAAAACAAUUAGGAUUACAAGUUUCCAUUUAAUUUCCUUUAAACCAUUGAGGCUUCAUUAAACUCUUUUCACUUACUAAA